AUGGAACUCAAUUUCAUUCUUAUUAUUAUCAUUCCAAUUCUUCUUUCUGCAACCAUAACUGCUGAAUACGUUCGCCCUUUGCCUCGAAACACCUUAAACAUUCCAUUCCCAUGGGGUUCCAAAUCCAAUCCUCCUUCUUACCCUCAACAGGUACACAUUUCUUUGGCAGGAGACAAGUACAUGAGAAUAACAUGGAUAACUGAUGACAAACAUUCACCUUCAUUUGUAGAAUAUGGAACAUUAGCCGGUAGAUAUGAUUCAAUAGCUGAAGGAGAGUUCACUUCUUAUAGUUAUCUGUUAUAUAGCUCAGGAAAGAUACACCAUACUAUAAUUGGACCUUUGGAAUACGGUACUGUGUAUUUCUACCGAUGUGGUGGACAAGGUCCUGAGUUCGAACUGAAAACUCCUCCAGCGGUGAUCUUUCGUAUGCUGAUUGUAUGCAACAUCUUUGGGACUCGUUUGGAGAAUAUAUUAUUGUUAACAGAUGAAUUUGUGUCGUAUAAUUCGAGAUGGAAAAUGCCAUUUGAGGAAAGUGGAUCAUCUUCAAAUCUUUAUUAUUCUUUUGAAGUUGCAGGUGUUCAUGUUAUUAUGCUUGGGUCUUAUGCAGACUAUGGUGUGUACUCGGAACAAUACCGAUGGCUAAAGGAAGAUCUGUCGAAGGUGGACCGGAAAAGAACACCUUGGCUGCUUGUGUUAUUUCAUGUGCCGUGGUAUAAUAGCAACAAAGCUCAUCAGGGUGCAGGGGAUGAUAUGAUGGCAGCCAUGGAGCCAUUGCUUUAUGCUGCUAAUGUUGAUCUAGUUCUAGCUGGUCACGUUCAUGCUUACGAACGUUCGAAGCGCGUGUAUAAUGGAAGAUUGGAUCCUUGUGGCGCUGUUCAUAUAACUAUUGGUGAUGGCGGAAACAGAGAAGGCUUAGCUCAUAGAUACAUAAAUCCACAGCCAAAGUGGUCAGAAUUCCGCGAAGCGAGUUUUGGUCAUGGCGAGCUGAAGAUUGUAAACUCAACUCAUGCGUUCUGGAGUUGGCAUAGGAAUGAUAAUGAUGAGUCAGUUAAGGCUGAUGAUAUCUGGAUAACCUCGUUGAUAAGGUCGGGAUGUGUUGAUCAGAACAGACACGAGCUCAGGAGUAUGCUUGGAACACCCUAA